CUCAAAAUCAACAGAUCAAUACUUAAAUAUUUAAUUGGAAAAUGAAACAAACUUAAAAAAAAACUGUGAAAGUGUGGAGCUCGGUGUUUGUCAGAAGAGCUGCUCCAAGUGUGUGUGUGUGUGUGUGUGUGUGUGUGUGUGUGUGUGUGUAUAUGUAUGUAUGUGUGUGUGUGUUCUUUGGUUCGUGUACUGGAGCGUCCCUUGCCCUUUUCCUGAAGAAAACCAAAAAUAUCUGAUCCAAGUUGUGACAACAUUUCCUCCACCGCGGACCCACCACCCCUACCACCCCUCAAAAAAAAAAAAAAAAAAAAAAAAUCCCAGCCACCUCCGCGCGCCGAGUGGCCCUCUUAUUUUCGUGACGUUUCCUCCUGCAGGUUGCGAUUGGAUGUUCCCUCCGCCUGUGUCUGUGACUGACAUCACCGGAGCCACAGUCUCCUCCCAGCGGCAGCAGACGCUAUUUGAGUGGGGACUAGCGGAUUGUUGUACAUAGAGCCGGUUUAGUGUCGUCAAUGGGAAGCGUACGAGACAGUGGCAAAGCGAGUUACGGUCUAGAGUGAAACCCGCGGCUGCACCAUGCUCUCCAGGUCUUUCCCGUGUGUGUGGAUUAUAUUUUGCCUUCAUUUAUGCUGCUGUGUGGACAGCGGGGAAGCACAGAACGCGAAGGAAGUGAUUCUGCUGGACUCCAAGGCACAGCAGACAGAACUGGAGUGGAUCUCCUAUCCUCCCAAUGGGUGGGAAGAAAUCAGCGGCUUGGAUGAGAACUACACUCCCAUUCGCACCUACCAGGUUUGCCAAGUCAUGGAGCCCAAUCAGAAUAACUGGCUUCGGACUAACUGGAUAGAGAAGGGCGAUGCUCAGAGAAUUUUUGUGGAACUGAAGUUCACCUUGAGGGAUUGUAACAGCCUACCCGGUGUGGUGGGCACUUGCAAGGAGACGUUCAACUUGUACUACCAGGAGACGGAUUCAGAGGUGGGCAGGAGCUUACGGGAGAACCAGUACGUGAAAAUUGACACAAUCGCCGCAGAUGAAAGCUUCACCCAGGGUGACCUGGGCGAGAGGAAGAUGAAGCUGAACACAGAAGUGCGCAUAAUUGGGCCCCUGUCCAGGCGGGGCUUCUACCUGGCCUUCCAGGAUGUAGGGGCGUGCAUCGCCCUGGUGUCUGUCAAAGUUUAUUACAAGAAGUGUUGGUCUAUCAUCGAGAACCUGGCCACGUUCCCGGACACCGUGACGGGAUCGGAGUUUUCCUCGCUGGUGGAGGUCGAGGGCGUGUGCGUGAGCGACGCCGAGGAGGAGGCCGACAACUCUCCCAAGAUGCACUGCAGCGCCGAGGGGGAAUGGCUGGUGCCCAUUGGGAAAUGUAUAUGCAAAGCUGGAUUUCAUCAGAAAGGAGACGCGUGUGAACCAUGCGGUCGUGGUUUCUACAAGUCUUCUUCCCAGGACCUUCAGUGCUCUCGCUGCCCAGCGCACAGCUUCAACGACCGUGAGGGCUCCUGGCGCUGCGACUGCGAGGACGGUUACUACCGAGCGCUCUCUGACCCUCCAUCUGUGGCCUGCACAAGACCUCCCUCGGCACCACAGAACCUAGUCUACAACAUCAACCAGACCACCGUUAGCCUGGAGUGGAGCCCACCGGCCGACACGGGCGGGCGCAACGACGUCAGCUACAGGGUCGUAUGCCGCCGCUGCAGCUGGGAACCCGAGGAGUGCGUACCGUGCGGGCCGAAUGUGGGAUACUCUCCCUCACAGUCAGGAUUAGUGGACACUUAUGUGACCGUCAUGGACCUGCUUGCCCACGCCAACUACACUUUCGAGGUGGAGGCUGUCAAUGGGGUGUCGGACCUGAGCCGCACGCAGAGGCUGUUUGCGGCAGUUAGCAUCGCUACUGGUCAAGCAGCUCCAUCCCAGGUCAGCGAGGUCAUCAAGGAGAAAGUGCAACAGCGCAGCAUCCAGCUCUCCUGGCAGGAGCCACAGCAGCCCAACGGCGUCAUCACGGAAUAUGAAAUCAAAUACUACGAAAAAGAUCAGAAGGACAAGAUCUACUCCACAGUCAGGUCCAAGUCCACAUCAGCUACUGUGAACAACCUGAAGCCCAGCACGGCCUACGUGUUCCAGAUCAGGGCCUUCACAGAGGCAGGGUACGGGACCUAUGGCCCCAGACUGGAGAUAACUACCAAGGAGGAGGCCACAGCUGCGAUUGUCUCCAGCGAGCAGAACCCCGUCAUCAUCAUAGCGGUGGUGGCCGUGGCGGGGACCAUCAUCCUGGUGUUCAUGGUGUUCGGCUUCAUCAUCGGGAGAAGGUACGCUCUCGCGGGCCCCAUUGACUCUCCGCUCCUACACUGCGGGUACAGCAAAGCGGAUCAGGAGGGAGAUGAGGAACUCUACUUCCAGUUCAAAUUUCCAGGCACCAAAACCUACAUCGACCCUGAAACGUACGAGGACCCGAACAGGGCUGUCCAUCAAUUUGCCAAGGAGUUGGAUGCCUCCUGCAUUAAAAUCGAGCGGGUUAUUGGAGCAGGAGAGUUCGGGGAGGUGUGCAGCGGCCGGCUGAAGCUGCCCGGGAAGCGGGACGUGUCGGUCGCCAUCAAGACCUUAAAGGUGGGCUACACCGAGAAGCAGAGACGGGACUUCCUGUGCGAGGCGAGCAUCAUGGGACAGUUCGACCACCCCAAUGUCGUUCACUUGGAAGGCGUCGUCACGAGAGGAAAACCAGUCAUGAUUGUCAUCGAGUACAUGGAGAACGGCUCAUUAGACGCUUUCCUCAGGAAACACGAUGGUCAGUUCACAGUCAUCCAGUUGGUGGGGAUGCUGCGGGGCAUAGCGGCGGGAAUGAGAUAUCUGUCUGAUAUGGGAUACGUCCAUCGAGAUCUGGCUGCGCGAAACAUCCUUGUCAACAGCAAUCUCGUAUGUAAAGUGUCUGACUUCGGCCUGUCAAGGGUGAUAGACGAUGAUCCGGAGGCUGUCUACACAACAACUGGGAAGAUGCAGGAUGUAAUGAAUGUGAUCUUUACUCCAGCCACUGACCUGCGUUUUACUGAACAGGGCGGCAAAAUCCCCGUCCGGUGGACCGCGCCAGAAGCCAUCCAGUACCGUAAAUUCACCUCCGCGAGUGACGUGUGGAGUUACGGUAUUGUCAUGUGGGAGGUCAUGUCCUAUGGGGAGCGGCCUUACUGGGACAUGUCCAAUCAAGAUGUCAUAAAGGCAAUAGAGGAGGGCUACCGUCUUCCAGCCCCCAUGGACUGUCCACCAGGCCUGCAUCAGUUAAUGCUCGACUGCUGGCAGAAAGACAGAGCCGAACGUCCCAAAUUUGAUCAGAUAGUUGGCAUCCUUGAUAAGAUGAUCCGUAACCCUAACACCUUGAAAACCCCAGUGGGAACGUGUACAAGACCAAUUAGUCCACUGUUAGAUCAGAGCACACCAGACUUCACCGCUUUCCGCUCAGUGGGAGAGUGGCUGGAAGCCAUCAAGAUGGAACGAUACAGAGACAACUUCACAGCAGCUGGCUACAGUUCCCUGGAAUCUGUGGCCAGGAUGUCAAUCGAGGACGUGAUGAGCUUGGGGAUCACGCUGGUGGGCCAUCAGAAAAAGAUCAUGAGCAGCAUACAGACUAUGAGAGCCCAGAUGCUCCAUCUCCACGGCACGGGUGUCCAGGUGUGACUGGGACGGGCCACCACCACCUCAGUACGGGGGUCAAAACGAAACCAGAACUGAUCCGGAGCAGCGCCUGGGACGUAACCGGGGAUAAUGGUCAAAGUAAACAGACAUCUGCUAUGUCUGACUCUUCCGGCUGCGUCCGGAGCGAAAUCAUUCCUUUGUUCCUCAUUGAAGGAUUGUGGUCUUCAAAGGGCACUAAAGAGAGGAAAAGGGCAAAAAAAAAAAAAAAAAAAAACGGCAACAAAAAAAGAAACUACCUGGACGAGACUUUUUCUUUAGUUUUUUUUUUUUCCUUUAUUACUUUUUAAGAGGCGCUUACAAACUCAACCACAUAUCAAACGGCACAUUGGAGAGGAGUUUGACGCUUACGUUUCUCUAACUUAAUGAAUGAUUUAAGUGCACACCACGGCGAUGGAGUUCCUUUAAAAAGAACAAAAAAAAACAAAACAAAAAAAACAUCUUGUCUACUUGCAAUCUGUGUUUUCUAAUUUGUUAAUUUCUCUUUGUAUCUGCCACCGUGACAUGUUGUUGCGCAUGCAGCGAUUCUUUUGAUUUUUGGACUUGACAACAGGGUAAACUCUCUUUUCUCCUAAAACAGAGGGGAACUUUUUAGGUGCAGAUUCCAAGGUACCUUUUUUUGUUUUUCUUUUUUGUGCUGAGACACGCUGGACUGUUUGAACCGUUUGCAGUGUUUUCAUGGUAUCCUCAAAAGUGCGUGUUCGCCGCCUACAGGAGUGACUUUUUGACGUGGUUUCAAUUUUUUUUUUUUUUUUUUUAAUCAAGGAAUUUUUCCGAAGAGUGCAACACUGAGGAGACGCGAGACGUGAGCUGUUCUCCGAAUCACCAGACUUCUUUUAUAUCAGAGUAGCAAUAUCCUUUGUCUUAGUGUUCACUACAGGAAACACGGAAACCGUUAACUUGGUUAUUGAGUAGAAUGUUUUAGCACUGUUGAAAGAUUGUAUUGAAAUUGGAGCCGCCGCAUGUUGUUUUGCCUAAAAUGUCGCACACAAAUGUUGGUGCAUUGUACAAUUUUUUUAAAGGGUGGAUCCAAGAAAGGUGUAGACGUAAUACUGCCUUAAAAUAUGUUUGAGUAUUGCCGCUAUUUUAGGCACUUCAAUGGCAAUGCUUUCUGCAGAGGGUGGACAAGCUCCCUGUUUUUAUUUUUUCUUUUGUUUGUUUUUUUUUUGUAGUUUUCUUUUUAUCUGGAACUUGACCUGGUCAGAUCAAGUUCACGAACACGAUUUAAUGCCACGAGUGACAGUCAGCGAAGAAGAGACGAACUAAACAGAGCAAUAAUUACCAGGUAGAAAUGGUCCUCACCUGAAUUUUUUUUUUUUUUGGUGCUAGGUGUAAACGCAUGUGUGUGCUGUGCUGAGACAAAAACCCCUUUGGAAAUAUUCAGUCAUCGCUAGAAAAGGAGAGAACCCAGGUAGCAAAAUAAAUCCGGCCACAUGCUUGUCGCCGUCUCGCCCAGGAUACGACGGGUUUCACGGCCCGGAUCUGGCCCAUAUACAGCAUGACUGCGAGAUGCUACCUCCACAUCUGGACCGAUGCUGGCGCACACACAGAAAACUUUCCUGGCUGUCAGCCGACACUGGAGGAUAAAAGCCAGAAUCAGCCCAGAUGUGGAGGUAUAUAUGGGCCAGACUUGGGCCAAGGAUUCAGGCAUAUGUUGGGCCACAAGUUUCAUUUUGCUCUCUGGAAAGGAAAGGAAAAGGAAAGAAAAGGAAAAGAAAGGAAUGUACCUCUUUGACCUAAAAAAAAAGAAAAAAGAAAAUGUUUGGGAAUGUGCUCAGAAAAACUGCUGUGCCAAGUCAUCAGACAAAAUAAUCAUAGUCGUGUUUUUGCCACUUGAUAUGCUAAACGUUUGAUGAAAAUCUAACACGGCAUGGAAGUGUUGAACCGAGUGGCUGCAGAGAUGAAAGAGGCAACAUUCGAAACACUAGAAAGGUGCCAAUUAGCCUUGCUGACAUCAUCUUCUGACACCAGUGCGCCGCCCAGAAAUCAAAAGAGCCCCCUUCAGGGUUCUGGGUAUGAAAAUGCUGGGGACCAAAUAACCAGAGCUCGUGUCAGACGCGGAUCGUGCUGUUGAAUUUCCCAUCAUCCCCGGCUCCGUCGGCCGCCACCACGCAGCUUCUCCCUUGUUUAUUCAUGCGUCUCCGCCGCUCUUCCCCCUCACAGGCACAGAUAAAAGUUAAAGUGUCUCUUAAGAUUUGCUCCUCUUUUCUUCCACACAGCUUUGUAUGGAGAACAGAGGCGAGGCGAGGUGGGGGGGGGGGUUUGCAGAGGAUGUCCUAAAAGCCAAUCAACCUACUUGGUGCCAUCUGUCUCCACUUGGAAUGCAAAAAAAAGAAAAGAAAUGAAGACACAUUUUCCAUGUUAAAUAUGUUUUAGUGCAGUUUUCUUUGAUAGGAAAAUAGUCAUUCAGCCGUCGUGUAAAAAGGGGAGUGUUGCUCACAGAGGAAAAACCAUUACAACUUCUUUUAUUUGCUGCUGCAGCCUGAGAUGUGAAUCUAUAUUUUCAAAGACACAAGUCAUUUCCUCAAAGUUUUGCAUAGGAAAAAAAAAAAAAGAAAAUACAUCAGGAAUUGUUGAGCUCACUGACGAGCGGUUUUCAUCAUUUCUCUCCAUUGUCUAGACCACAUCCGCAUGAAGUCAGCUCCAUCCGCACUGAGCCUUUCACAAACACCCUGCACUCCACUCCUCUCUCUGGGUGAAUCAUUCGGUGUAAUGGAGGUGUUGGAAAAGAAUCGGUCCGUCAUCACGGUGGAGGGCUCAUCGCUGCCUCUCUGUGAUCGCUUAACUUCAAAUGUCAGUGACACAGUACGGGUGUUGUCACUUGAUCAGAAAAUGAAUAUUUGAUCAGGGCUGAAAGUACAGCGAUUAUUAGUUUCAGUCAAACUCCCAGUUAUUUACUCCAUUCAGAAAAUAAUUGUCUGGGCUGGAAAAGGACAGAAAACAGUGAAAAAUGGCUGAUUUUAGUCUGUAAUAGGUAAUAAUAAGAUAAUAGGAGAAUAUGAAUAACAGCAAAUACUUAGAUUAUAUAACUCACAUGAACAAUUAUCAAAACAGCCACAAUCAGAGGUGAUCACAGAGAGCAGCAGUGGACUGAACGGAUGUUUAAAGGUCCCGUAUUUUACACUUCUCUUGUGUUUUAUCUGACGUGUUGAUCUAUAAGAAGAUAUAUCUCAGUGUAGUUUUACAUCUCCUCUCUCAGGCUUCUCUCUGGAGCUCUAGCAACAACAGGUCGGUGAGCCAAUCAGAAGAGAGGAGGCUCUGAGCCUCUAAGGGAUUUUUUCUUUAGCAUUAUAGUUCAGCUAAUCUGGAUAUUUUCACAACCAGGGACAGUGUUUUCAGCCCAGUUGGGAGACCUUUUAUUUAAUUAGGCUGGUAAAAAUUAUAU